AUGUCCCGCCGGUAUCAAACAAGACAGUCACCGGUUCCAUUUUCAAAUGAAAAACUGUUUCGAUCUGCUUGGUUUUCAUACAUUCGUCUCAUGGACUUUGGCCAGGAUAUGAUUUGCUCUAUUUGUGGACCUACCCCGGAUGCAACUAUAUGGGAUGGUGUUACUGUUGCAUACAGUCGGAGAAAUCUGCUUCCAUCUUUGACUCCUCCAACAAUGCAAGGGAAAAGAUCAAUUCAGCGGUCGAAUGGACCUCAACUCAGCACUUUAUCAAACCAGAUUUUCUCCGAAGGAACUGUGGAAUACGAUCGUAAUAAAAAACUCGUGGAGAGGAUAACAAAAAUUCCCGAUCUUGUUGAGAAGUUGUCAGAAAUCAACAUUAGUCUUGGACGACUGUUUAACACACAUUUUGGACUGGCGGUUGUUCUUAAGAAUCCUCUUGAUUCCAAAGCAUCGGCAUUACGAUUCAUCCCCAGUCUGUACCAAGUGGUUAAGCACGAAAUUAAGACUGGAAAGUUGAGUGCUGAUGUACUCGGUGUCUGUGAAUGGCUUUAUCUACGAUCCAAGGUGGUGUUUGAUUUAUUGAGGGUCCAUGAAAUGUCCCAAGCACCGCCUUUGGACAAAUAUAUACCACAGGAUGAGUGGUUAAAGACUGGAUGCUGCUAUGCAAUGCCAGCCAUUCGCGAUCGCUCUUAUUACCCAAAUUUACCGUAUGAAAAUGGACUGGAUCUUGGGGGAGCUGACAUUGAUGAAGAUAUUUGCCACAAAUACUAUUCGACAUAUUCCAAAAAGCGAUUGACCGGUGGUAUCAUGUGUGUCUGGUGCACACACAGUGUAUGCUACGGUUUUCAUUGCAUUCGUGCAGCCGAAGGACGAAACGACGUAUUUUCGGCAAUUUAUACCCGAUGGAGGAAGGCUCCAAAAGUUGUUGUUUAUGAUUUUGCAUGUGCACUGCAGCCCUACUGCAUGUCCCGUGAACCCGAAUUUUUCAAGGAUACUUUAUUUGCUAUUGACAUCUUCCACUCAAGCGAGCAUAAAUGUGGAGAGGCAUGUUUUCUGUCCACAUACUGUGCUGACAAUCCAGAGUUGCUAAAACUCAACUCGAGCGCUGCAGAAUGUGGGAAUAGUGGGAUUGCCAAAAUUCGGAAAGCUGUUAGCUACAUGACACAGGAAAGAGCGGUGAUGUAUAUGCGAGUUUUCUUCUCUAUAUGGAACAGGCAACAGAUUCAGAAGAUGGAAGGAAGACUAUGA